AUGCUCGCCGGCAAGCGCCCGCGCCGCGCCGCCGCGGCCGAAGACUCGCUGGACCCGCGCGUCAUGACGGAGCGGCAGCAGCUGGCCUUCCUGCUGCGCGCCACGGCGCCGUCGGACGCGUCCGGCAGCUCCAGCGGCUCCAGCUCCUCCAGCGACGACGAUGAGGAGGACGAACCACCACGUCGACGACGUCCAGCCAAGCGCAGCAAGUCGCGCGCCACCCGUGCAAGUAGUGGCAGCACGACAGGGAAGACGUCGCCCAGGACAGGGGACGCUCCCGUGAUUUAUUGCGGUCGCGGCAGACCGCCCAAGAACUCUAUCAAGCUGCCCCCGCACGCGCGCAGCCACGCGCUGCACCAGGCGCGGCCGCCAGUCAGGAUGUCCCCGCGGAGCCAUAAUACCCGGUCGGCGGACGCGGCGGUGGCGGCGGCGGUGGCCGCCAGUUUAAAGGCCGAGAAGAUGCGCAGCGUCAAGGCGGAGCGCGAGGCCGCGCUCAAGCAGGACAAGACGAGCCCCUCCAGCGCCAGCGACGUGGCCAUGCUCGGCGGCUCGGCCUUCUGCGCGCUGUGCGGCGACCUGGAGCCGUUCUGCGACGCGCCGCUGUUCCUGUGCCCGGCGUGCGAUCAGAAGUACCCGACGCAGCAGGCGCUCGGCCGAGUGUGUAUGACAUAGCCGACGGCGAGAAGAAGGGAGAAGGAGAAGAGAGGGACGGGAUGGAUCAUU